GGCUACCCCUGAGCCCACCCAGCACUCUGGCCGACACAAACAAUAGCAAGCACCGCCAAACAAAGACCCUCACAAAGCUACACACCUCUCCCUUCGCAUCCUAUUACCACAGAGCCCGAAUUGCGAAAUGGCCCUCCUAUUAUACCAUCGCCAGUUGCCACUAGCCUUCGAAUUGCUACCACUUCCUCCAAAAGGCCGACCGUCUUUUUCUCUUGGACCCUUUCCACCAUGACCUGGUCAAACUGAUUGACAGUCAACAACAGUCAAGAUGAUCAGCCCUAAACACGAAAAGGGCGAAAGCUCUCUUCCAAAGGACGAGUCCAUCGCUGUCCAGAUUGCGGCUCCCGCUCAACCAGCCCCCAAGCCCAUGAGGUCGUCCUUCAAAAACCUCUUUGCCUUCACCCGCCCAGCCCAUGUCUCGCUCAUGGUCACCGCUCUCUGCGGCUCAGCCGUCAUCGCCGCUGGACGUACCGCCUACGCCGUCCUUCUCGGCAAGAUCUUCGAGGUCUGCACCUCCUACGGCGCAGGAGACAUCACGGCAUCUGUAUUGCUUCACCAGGUCUCCAAUUGGUGUCUGUACAUGUUCCUCCUCGGACUCGGCAUGUGGGUGGUUUGCAGCAUUGACGUUGCUCUUUGGGUCAUGGCCGGCGAGUUGCGCGCAAAGACUACCAGGGAGACUCUAUUCUCGACCCUUCUCAACAGAAGUGCGGCUUGGUUCGAUCUUCGAGAGCAUGGCAUGUCAAGCUUGAUGACUACCAUCCAGACACAAGCCCGCGAACUCCAAAUGGGCACCUCCCAAGUCUUGGGCUUUCUAGUCUGCGACCUCCUCGUCUUCGCCUCCUGCAUCAUCGUCGCCCUCUACUACUCUUACAAGCUGACAUUUGUCAUGUGCUCCACCGCUCUGCCGUCUGCCCUCAUCCUCUGGCUCAUCGCCCGCUUCCUCGACCCUGCCAUCGCCGGCCAAAAGCGCGAACUUGCCGAGGCUGCCAAGCAUGCGACGGCUGCCACGACCGCCAUCGACCUCGUCAAGGCCUACAAUGCCGCAGACCACGAGUCUUUCCAUUUCAUUUCGGCUGUGCGACGGUCGUCCAAAUACUACGCCCGUCAGGUGCUGUCUAACAAUGGCCAGAUGAGCUACAUCAAGCUGUGGAUGAUGUCGCUAUUCGUCGUGGGUUUUUACUUUGCCGUGGUGCUUGUCAACCGGGAGGAACUCACUCCCGGAAACGCCUUGACGACCUUCUACUGCGCCCUCAUCUCCUUCCAGUCCCUCCAAAACCUCGGUCCUCAAUGGAUUAUUCUAGCAAAAGGGAUGGCAGCAGGUCAAUCCCUCCAAGAACUCGUUCGCCAGGCUGACCCCGGCCAAACCAAAACUUCCCAAGUAUCCGGCGGCCUUCGACCCCCUACCUGUCACGGCGACGUCUCUCUCUCCAACAUCUCCUUCGCCUACCCGUCUUCACCCUCCAACUUGGUCCUCCAGCCUUCGUCGUUUCACUUCCCACCCGGCUCUCUAACCUUCAUCGUCGGCCGUUCAGGCUCCGGCAAAUCCACUCUUGGUAACUUGCUAGUCCGCUUCUACGAGCCUUUGACCGGCCAAAUCACCGUCGAUGGACAACCCAUGACGCGACUCGACCUAGGAUGGGUCAGACAGAACAUCACUCUGAUCCAGCAAUCCAGCGUUUUCUUCAACGAUAGUUUAUUCCAGAACGUCGCGUUUGGAGGCUACCAGCCCGACCGCGUCACAGUGGAAGACGUCAAAGAAGCAUGCUCCAUGGCCUUGCUACAGACCACCGUUGCCGGAAUGCCUCAAGGCUUAGAGACGCAAAUCGGACCCGGCGGCUACUCCCUCAGCGGCGGACAGCGCCAGCGUCUAGCUUUGGCGAGAGCCAAGAUCCGCGAUCCGCCUGUGUUGAUCCUCGAUGAAAUCACAUCCGGUUUGGAUCCCGUAUCCAGAGGUCUCAUAAUGGAUGCCAUCCGCAUCUGGAGGAGAGGCAAGACGACGAUCAUCAUCACGCAUGAGGUGGGAUGUAUAGGUGAGGGGGAGAUGGUGUAUGUCAUGGAAGGAGGCCGGGUUGUUCAACAAGGACAUGGAAAGCAGUUGAGGGAGGAGAGAGAGGGGUUGUUUGCUGGGCUUGUUGCUUCGGCUGAUCAUGAUCGCGGUGAUCAUGGAGAGAAUGCGAGCGAUUUUGAGGAACAAAAGGAGGAGGAACAGGAGAGUGAGUUGGGAGAUAUUCAAGAGCUGGAUGAACAAGAAUCAGAGGAGGAGGUGAUCGAGGAGGCUACCUACGUCCAGCUUGUUCGCGGCCUGAGCCUGCGUGGACAGAGGGGAAGUACAGUCUUUCCCAGGUUGACGUUUGGUUUUGACCCCUACUCUUCCGCGGACAACGGACAGUUACGACCACUGUCACGAAGGUCGAGUGCGGGCAGAGUACCCAUCCAUCACCUUCACCCGAACGCCAACCCCGAUCGCAUCCGCGGUGUCUCUCCCCUCUCAAAGCAAGACGACCGCAGACACAGCACCUCCUCCAUCGAACUCAUCACCCAAACCGGCCUCUCAGUCAAGAAAACCCGCGUGUCUAAUGCCCGCCGGGCCCAGCACCCCGAUCCGAAGGUGAUUGAAGCUCGAGUAAACGGAAGCAUGGACUCCCUCGAGUUGUUCUUUCUGGAAAAGCUUGCCAACAAGAAGCAAAGGGCUGGGUUCCACAAGAAGCGUAGGAACAGCAUGGCGUCCAUUGUUUCUGCUGCUUCUUAUUCAUCAAAUCCCCAGCAAACCAACAAGAAGAUGCAUUCGGUCAACAACCGCCUCCCUUCUUUAUCGGCAAUCCUCCGCACCGUCUGGCCCACUCUCGACCUGCGCUCCAAACUCGAACUCCUUCUCGGCGUCUGUUUGGGUCUGGUGGUAGCAGCCGCUAACCCUCUCUUCUCCUUCGUCUUUGCCCAACUCCUCUCCUCCUUCUGGUCGUCCCCUUCUGCCCGACUCGCCGCCGGUUCACGAUAUGCAGGCAUCCUCGCCGCUGUCGCCUGUGUCGACGCUCUCGCUACUUUUGGCAGCUAUUACUUCCUUGAGAAGGUAGCGACGAAAUGGGUCACCACCCUCCGCUCCGAAGCCAUCACCCGCAUCCUCGCUCAGCCCAAAUCGUGGUUCGAUAAAUCUUCCCACAGCCCGGCCAAGAUCGUAGCAUGUCUGGACCGCAACGCCGAAGAAAUGAGGAAGCUAGUCGGCAUGUUCCUCCCCAUCCUAAUUAUCGUUUGCACAAUGAUCACCGUCGCAAUCGUUUGGGCCUUGACAAUCCAAUGGGACUUAACCCUCGUCACCAUCGCCGGUAUUCCCGCCGCCGUCAUCGCAGGCCGUCUCAACGCGCUCUUCAGCGACAAAUGGGAAUCCCGCUGCGACCAAGCCGCUCUCCAUACCGGGCAAGUCCUCACCGAGACCUUUGGGAACAUCAAAGUCGUUCGCGCCCUGACGCUCGAGGGGUGGUUUACACGGAAAUACGACGCCAAAGCAGACGAAGCGUACCAGCUCGGUCUUAAAAGAGCUACCUACGUCGGCCUCUUUUUCGGUCUAAACCAGUCCAUCGCCUACUACCUAACCGCCAUGAUUUUUUAUUACGGCGCCAAGAUCUUAUCCCAGGACCGCGCCUCGGUGACCGAUUUGCUGAGGGUCAUCAACCUCAUCUUGUUCAGCUUGGGGACUUGCGUCAACAUGCUCGCCAACGUGCCGCAAAUCGCGGCGGCGAAGGCUACGGCGACGCAAAUGCUUUACUUCGCCAACCUCUCGCACUCGGCAAGCCACGAGACGCAAGGCCAGCAGCGGAUGCGGAAUCUACGAUUCGCCUACCCUUCGGCGCCCGAGACUUUGGUCCUCCGCAAUCUGAACUUGACCAUCAACUCCGGAACGUGCACCGCCAUCGUCGGUUCAAGCGGGUGCGGCAAGUCCACCAUCGCCAGCUUGCUAAUUAACCUCUACCCUCCCACUCCCCAGGCUCCCCUUUCCCCUGGGGCUUCAAAGGAUUCCGAUUCCCUAACAUAUAACUCCGUCCCGGCUUCACUCACGCAUACUCCCUCCCUCCGCUCUCAAAUCUCCUACAUCCCCCAACACCCUUUACUCCUGCCCACCACCCUUCGAGAGAACAUCCUGUACGGGCUGCCCGAUUCCUCGCCCCUUAGACUUUCGGCAAACCAGCACUUGCUCCACCGCGCUGCCCAGCUGGCGAGUAUCCACGAUUUCAUCAUCUCCCUCCCCUCAGGCUACGACACCGUCGUCGGCGAAGGUUCAGGGAUGCAGCUCUCAGGCGGCCAAAGCCAAAGGGUAUCCAUCGCGCGUGCGCUGGUUCGUAAUCCCAAGGUUAUCGUUGCCGACGAGCCGACUGCUAGUUUGGAUGCCGAAGGAGCGGAAGCUGUGCGAGAAGUUUUUGCUCGACUUGUUCAUGGCAACCGGAAGGAAGGGGUUGGGAAGGAAGGAGAAGGAAUGGCAAUGGCGAUAGUGGUAGUCACCCACUCCAAAGAAAUGAUGCGUAUCGCUGAUCGGAUAGUCAUGAUUGAGAAUGGAACGGUUAUCGAGGAGGGAGGAUCCUACGCUGAGCUGGCGGCGAGGAGGGGGGGCCUGGAACUGGAACUGGAACUGGAGAUGAAGGCAGAUCGAGGAUCAGGACGGGGUUCUGGUGGAGCGUUGAAGUCCACUGUGGACCGCUAG